AUGUAUCAUCUUCAAAGACUACGAAUCCCCACAACACAACUCUAUCUUGUGCGUGGUGUUGUCUCAAGGACAAACCUCAUCAACAACAACAACACACUCAUUCAACAACAACAACACUUCUGUACAAAUAACAUCAACAACAACACAAACAAUACAAACAUAAACAAUAAUGAGGACAACAAGAAGGUUGAACUUACACAACAUCAAAGAGAUUUGAUUGAACGUAUAAUUAGAGUGGACCAUGCAGGUGAGUUUGGAGCCUCACGUAUAUAUGAAGGACAGUUGGCUGUGUUGAAGGGCACAGCAGUGGAGCCUUUGAUCAGAGAGAUGGCCGAUCAGGAGAAGGAGCAUCAGGCAAAGUUCGAUCAGUUCAUUUGUGAGAAGCGUGUUCGUCCAACUAUACUCGCACCAAUAUGGAAUAUUGCUGGCUUUGGACUUGGUUAUGUCUCUGCCAUGAUGGGCAAGGAGGCAGCCAUGGCUGUCACUGUCGCCGUUGAAACAGUGAUCUCUGAUCACUACAAUGAUCAACUUCGUCAAUUGAACGAUGAGAAGAUACCAGACAAGGAGUUGAAAGAGGUGAUCAAGAAGUUUAGAGAUGAUGAGAUGGAGCACAUGCAUAUUGGUAUCGAACAUGAUGCGGAGCUGGCUCCACUUUACAAGCCACUGUCUGAGCUUGUUAAGCUUGGAACAAAGACUGCCAUCUGGCUAUCCACAAGGAUAUAG